GCUCACAGAAGCAUGAAAUCCCUGACAGUCUCCCUCGGCAAUGGCCCGGCUGAAGGCAAAAUGCCACCGCAGACACGGGACAAGUUUCAGCCCGGAACCUGCCCUUUCGCUGCCUCCUCCCGUCUCUCUCGCAGCUCGAGGGGCUCCUCGGCAGGUAGAAGCGAGUUUGGCGAGGAGGCGAAGAGGAAUCAAUGAGGGGACUCGGGCAGACACCACGUGGUGGGCUAUUUUGGAAGAGCAUCUUAAAGGGGACGUGCUCCCCAAUCUCUUGAUCACUCCCUGAUGGCGAGACCUAAAUAGCGGGAUCCAGCAGGACUUCCUCCAGCCCCGCUCCGUCUCCAGCAGGUCCGGCGAGAGGAUGUCCGCGAGGUGCUGCGGGGCCCUGCUGGCGCUGGUGUCCCUGGCGUGCCUGGCGGAGGGCGGCUACUACGGCCUCAACAUGUUCGCGGUGCAGACGGCGCAGCCCGACCCCUGCUACGACGAGCACGGCCUGCCGCGCCGCUGCAUCCCGGACUUCGUCAACUCCGCCUUCGGCAAGGAGGUGCGGGCGUCCAGCACGUGCGGCCGCCCGCCGGCCCGCUACUGCGUGCUGAGCGAGAAGGGCGAGGAGCGGCUCCGCACCUGCCACCUGUGCAACGCGUCCGAGCCCCGGCGCGCCCACCCGCCCGCCUUCCUCACCGACCUCAACAACCCGCACAACCUCACGUGCUGGCAGUCCGAGAGCUUCGUGCAGCACCCGCACAACGUGACGCUCACGCUGGCGCUGGGCAAGAAGUUCGAGGUGACCUACGUGAGCCUGCAGUUCUGCUCGCCGCGCCCCGAGUCCAUGGCCAUCUACAAGUCCAUGGACUACGGCCGCUCCUGGGUGCCCUUCCAGUUCUACUCCACGCAGUGCCGCAAGAUGUAA